AUGCAUGGGACGAUGACGGUGACGACAACCGAGGAUCGACUUGCUGCGCCUGCCGACGGCGACAGAGGAUCGACCAAAUCGACCUACUUCUACUGCCGCCAGGCCUUGGAUCUGGAGGAUGAGGAAGGGGCAGCGACUGAGACAACUUCGACUCUUUCCAGGUCUCGUCGACCUCCGAGGAUGAAGAAGGAUGGGAUGGCGACGACAACAGACGAUCGAUCUUCAUUGCUACAACGACCCCUUCUCCUUGCAGAAGCAGAACUGCAGAACCCUAAUCGUCCUCACCCUUCGGAAUUCGCAGAAUCUUCCAUCUUCAAUCCCGUUCUUCUCAGUCCACCAGCGGCGCUCUCAAUAGCAAAGCAGAGCGAUAGUUCACUGAUCCACAUCGACCAUCCGUCCUUCACCCGUCGACUUCGAAAAGCGGCCAUCCCUCCUCCAGCGGCAAGGAAACCUCUGCCUCCUCAGUUCAUAUCGCCAUUCUCCUCUGCUAGCAUCUGGUCGUCCAUCGACGGUCCCAGCACCUACGGAUUUCGUCCACCAGCCAGGCGGACAUCACCGUGUAGAGUUCGUUCCCCACUGCUCAGCCUCGGCACCUCUCACGGCUGUGCCGGCUCCAGAGUAGACAACCACUGCUCCGCCUUGUCACCACUGCUGCCGGCUCCAGAAUCUAGGCCACUGCUGCCGCCUGGAGUGCCAGACCAGAUCACCACUACACUGCCUCUUCCGCCUCACUUCCGAUCUGCUGCGCCUGCAGCUUGCUGAUUAUCUCUUUAACGAGCAUAGCAGGGUAGGGUCUCAACCUUACUUCUGAGAGUUGCAGAAUGGCUACUGGACCUGGGCUCGAGUCUCUUGUUGAUCAAACCAUUUCCGUGAUCACAAAUGAUGGCCGCAACAUAGUGGGCAUCUUGAAAGGCUUUGAUCAGGCCACGAAUAUCAUCCUUGAUGAAUCUCAUGAACGUGUUUAUUCCACUAAGGAAGGCGUCCAACAACUGGUUUUGGGUUUGUACAUAAUAAGGGGUGAUAACAUAAGCGUUAUUGGGGAACUCGACGAGGAACUCGAUGCGCACCUUGACCUGUCGAAUCUCAGAGCACAUCCCCUCAAGGCUGUGAUUCAUUGAUCAGAGGCUCGAACAGUUUCGGAGUUUCUCUUGGUGGACCGGAUUCUUGUACGAGUGUUCAACUUAGAGAGAUACCAGCGCGUCUUACCUGCAGACGUAAGUUGGGACUGUUUUACGCGAACAGUUUGACCGUCACAAUUUGGUGGAUGUCACUGUGUUUAAGCCGAAGUGAUUCUAAUUUCUUCGAAUGUACUGAGAAUGGGAAGGAGCGAUUUUUGACGAUUAGUUCUGAAUGUCAUUUACGGCGGUACGUCAGUUUCUCCUUAGCAUUGAAGAGAAUUGUUGGACAUUAUGGGUCGAUCUUAAUAUUAACACUUUAUUUGAGCAUUUUAUAUAUAACUAGACUAUGCAAAUUUCAGAUCUAUGAGU